CGGCCGCGGCCGUAACUUACCCCUCCCCUCGUCGCGCACGCCGGGAACCCGUCGCCGCGGCUGCUUCGGCUGCGGCGGUCGGUUGUCGUGAUGGACUGUCCGUGGAAUGAGCUGUCCCUUGCCUUUUCUCGUACUUCCAUGUUUCCCUUUUUUGACAUCGCCCACUACCUGGUGUCGGUGAUGGCACUGAAGCAUCAGCCGGGAGCAGCAGCGAUGGCAUGGAAGAAUCCUCUGUCAAGCUGGUUUACUGCUAUGCUCCACUGCUUUGGUGGAGGAAUUUUAUCUUGUGUACUCCUUGGGGAGCCUCCACUGAGGUUUCUUGCAAACAGCACUAAUAUAUUACUGGCAUCUUCAAUCUGGUAUAUUGUAUUUUUUUGCCCCCGUGACCUUGUUUCCCAGGGAUAUUCAUUCCUACCUGUUCAACUCUUGGCUGUGGGAAUGAAGGAAGUGACCAGAACUUGGAAAAUAGUAGGUGGAGUCACCCAUGCUAAUAGCUAUUACAAAAAUGGCUGGAUAGUCAUGAUAGCUAUUGGAUGGGCCCGAGGUGCAGGUGGUAGCAUUAUCACGAAUUUUGAGCACUUGGUAAAAGGCUGUUGGAAACCAGAAGCUGAUGAAUGGCUGAAGAUGUCCUACCCUGCCAAGGUAACCCUGCUGGGGUCAGUUAUCUUCACAUUCCAGCAAACCAAUCAUCUGGCAAUAUCAAGGCAUAAUCUUAUGUUCCUCUAUACUAUGUUUCUUGUGGCCACAAAGAUAACCAUGAUGCUUACAGAGACUGCUGUUAUGCCUUUUGCUUUUUUUGAGGAUACAUUGAGUUGGAUGCUGUUUGGCUGGCAGCAGCUGUUUUCAUCAUGUGAAAAGAGAAGUGAAACAAACUCGUCUCUCAGUGGUACUGGUUCAUCGACCUCAAAACCUGCAGCUGAUGCUUCAGAUAAAGUUCAUAAGAAGCAUACUAAGAAGACUAAAUUUACUUGAUGAACUUCAGAAGGCAAAAAAUUUUCUUUGUCUUAUCUACCUGUCAGAUUGUGAUAAAUAUUUCUAUGUAAAUGAUGUAAAAUAAAGAUUAUAUAUAAGGAUUGGAGGUGACAAAAAGAAAGAACUUCUUUCUGUUUCAGGGAGACUCUCCCUUUCUGGAUUGUAAUUUCCUGAGUGUUAUGAGUGUAUCAUGUGAAAUGGUUUUUCUAAGUUAUAUAUAAAAGAUUCUGUUGUGAUUUUUAAAAUAGUUUUAUAUUGAUAAAAGCCUAGUGUUUUUGAAUGUUAGAAAAAGUAAACCUACUGUUAUUGCAAAAUAACAAAAAUUAAAGUUUUAUUGUUUAAUCUAGAUAUUUUCAUACAUGUUUUUUAUUUGAAUCUGAGCUUUAGCUUAGCAAAAUUAAACUUUUAUUACACAUUACCAUUAUAAUUCUUAGAUAUGAAAAACAAUUCCUGUUUAAUUUUGAGUACUAAGAAAAGUAAACUUUACCUAAAUCACUUUAUAUUAUGAAUGAAAAUAAAUUAUUAGCUUAUAUUUCA